CUGCGCUUUCGACAUCACAAUCAAGUGUGCAAGCUUCUGCUCUAGAAAGUCGUCAGCUGCACUCACACCAUCGACGCUUGUGCAGUGGCUCUGGACGUUGCACUGCUCCUGCUGCUAUUGUCUCAUCAGGCUCGUGCAACCCCCCCACGCAUCCCGAAUCAAGGCGCAUACAUUCGCCUUUCUCGAAGGCUGCUCUCAGCGCCCUUUGCCCAAGAGGAUCACGUUGAGAAAUCAGUGCUUGCUGGCUUUACAAGACACACAGUGAUGACGAGUACAAGCCUAGAUAGACCAAGGGACAGAGAGAGGGAUAGGGAAAGGGACAGAGAUAGCAGGAGGCAAGGAGAAGGUAGGUACUCUGAGCGAGAUCAUCCUCGUGAUCGGGACAGGUACGAUGACGAUCACAAACACCGGCGGGAAGGGAGUAGACGUCAUCGCUCCAGGUCCAGGUCUGGCGAUCGCGAUCGUGAUCGCAAUGGGCAUCACGAGGGCACAAGCGGAGAGAGCAGGAGAAGAAAGCGGUACGAGGAAGACGCAGUUGUCGAAGAAUACAGAAAUUCUAGAAGAAGACACGAAUCUGGUAGGAGGUCUCGAUCGCCCCAACAUCAUGGACGCGAUGAAGGCUCGUACAGCUCGCGCGUGCGAUCCUCUAGGGAUGACAGAUCUCGAGAGGAUCGAAUAGACGAUCACAGGAGACGAGAGAGGAGCUCGGACUCUCACGCUUCGGAAAGGAAGAGGGAGGCAGGUGGCGGACGAGAUGAUGCGCCCAAAUCGUCUUCUAGGCGGUGGGAUGUCGAUUCCGCAUCUCCUACCAGGAAAAAUGCGUCGACAGGUGCGAGCACCAUCUCGGCAGCAGCAGCCGCAGCAAGUCUUCCUCAGCGUCCCGCUUUCCCCAGCCUUCAUCCUACAGCAGCUGCAAAAUCCCACGCUUCACCAGGGCCGAGCGGCACCGCCAGUCCUUCCGGUUCCAGUUCACCAUUCCCUGCUAGCACUACUGCCGGAAUUGGAGCGUCUACAUCCGCGGCUGCUGCGCCAACCACGGCACUCAGCGAUGACAAGCAGAGGAAGAAGGAGCGCUUGGAAGCUUGGAGGAAAGCAAAGGAAGCCGAGAAAGCCAUCGAAGAGGCGAAAGCUAGAGCUGCUGAGCUUGCUGCUAAUUUUGCAACGAAAACGCCAACUACUCUGAAGCUGUCGGCUGGAGCCACUAGCAUCAACACGAGCGGGCUCAAGGCCAGUGCGGCAGUCGACCUGGGUGCGGGCAAGCGCGGUGCUGCAUCUGUCAUGGACGAUAUGAGCGAGCAACCAGCCAAGCGUGAUUUCAAAAAGUUGAACUUGCCACCCAUCGACCCGCUGUUGAAGCCAGGGGCGGGCGGUAAGGUCGGCGCUGGCUCUGAUCUCGAAGAUGAGGGCGAUGAAGAAGAAGAAGAGGCAGCGGAGCAGAGUGGAGGUGCUGCUGCCAUGCAGAUCGAUUCCCGUCCACCUGCAGCAGAAGACGAAGAGGAUGACCCGCUCGAUGCAUUUAUGGCCGGCGUCAAGGACGAGGUCAAAGAGGUCGACGCGGCGGACCAAAAACGUUUGGGCAUCUCUGGUGGCAAACAGAAACGGCGAGGUUUGGCGGAGGUGGUAGGCGACGACGACGGAAUGGCGGCAGGUGUCGGCAACGAGGAUCCAAGCGCAAGUGCUCAAGCUGCCGACGAGUUGGGAGAAGCGAAUGCGGAAGAAAUCAUGGCUCUUGCUGCGGCCAAGAUCAAAAAGAAGGAGAUGCCGGCGGUGGAUCACGCAAAGAUGCAGUACGAACCCUUUCGCAAAGCAUUCUAUCAUCCUCCUUCUGAGAUCGAGGAGAUGACAGAGGAUGACGCGGAGAGGCUGCGAAUGGAGCUGGACGCUAUCAAGGUUCGAGGCAAGGAUUGCCCCAAGCCUUUGACCAAGUGGAGCCAUUGCGGUCUGCCCGCUAGAUGCUUGGACAUUAUCAAGAAACUGGGUUGGAAAGGACCUACGCCUAUUCAAGCUCAGGCUAUACCCGCAAUUAUGUCCGGCAGAGACGUCAUUGGAGUUGCCAAGACUGGAUCAGGAAAGACGAUGGCGUUUUUGCUGCCCAUGUUCCGGCACAUCAAAGACCAGCGACCCGUCGAGUCGCUGGAGGGUCCCAUCGGUCUGAUCAUGACGCCCACCAGAGAGCUAGCAGUGCAAAUCUUUCGCGAAUCCAAGCCUUUUCUCAACGCGAUCGGAUUGCGCGGCGUUUGCGUGUAUGGCGGAGCGCCCAUCUCGGAGCAGAUUGCAGAGAUGAAAAGGACUGCCCAGAUCGUCGUUGCCACCCCGGGCCGCAUGAUCGAUCUCCUCACCGCCAAUUCUGGAAGAGUGACGAACCUGCGAAGGGUGACGUAUUUGGUGUUGGACGAAGCGGACAGAAUGUUCGACAUGGGCUUCGAACCUCAGGUCAUGAAAAUUGUCAACAAUGUGCGACCCGAUAGACAAACCGUACUCUUUUCCGCCACUUUUCCCAAACAGAUGGAAAGCCUGGCGCGAAAAGUGCUCAAGAACAAACCGGUGGAAGUGACUGUGGGAGGAAGGUCCGUCGUCGCGCCAGAGAUUGAACAGAUCAUCGAGGUCAGAUCGGACGAGAGCAAAUUCAAUAGACUGCUUGAAAUCCUUGGACAAACCUACAACGUGGACUCGGAGGCUAGGACGUUGAUUUUUGUGGAGAGGCAAGAGUCGGCAGAUGACCUGCUCAGGGACCUGAUGCGCAAGGGCUACGUCACCAUGUCUCUGCAUGGUGGCAAGGAUCAAGUGGAUAGAGAUGCUACUAUUAGCGACUUUAAAGCCGGCAUUGUUCCCAUCGUCACGGCCACCUCUGUCGCAGCGCGAGGAUUGGACGUCAAGCAGUUGAAGCUCGUCAUCAACUACGAUGUGCCAAAUCACAUGGAAGACUAUGUUCACAGAGCGGGACGAACUGGAAGAGCGGGCAACAAAGGAACCUGCGUCACCUUUAUCACUCCCCAGCAGGAUAGAUACGCCAGGGAUAUCAUCGCUGCUCUCAAAGCUAGCUCUGUAGCUGUUCCUGAAGAGCUGCAGCAACUAGCAGAUGCGUUCAAGGACAAGGUGGCUGCAGGCAAAGCCCACGCAGCAGGUUCGGGUUUCGGAGGUAAAGGUUUGGAUCGCUUGGAAAAUGAUCGAGAAAGACUAUUGCAAGCUCAAAGGUCGACUUAUGGCGAAGCAGAAGCUCCGUCGAACACGAACACCGAUCAAGGCGGACAAGGGACCAAUGCUGCUGCUGUGGAUGAUAUCAAGGUUCAACGCGGACCUCCCAUAUCGGAAGAGGAGCAGCGCAUCAAUGACAUGCACAUCGAAGUCAAGCGGGGCGCAGUGGACGAGUCGCUGAAAGAGAACAAGGUCAAAGCUCCUUCCAUCGACGUUGAGAAAUCCAACGCUGCAGCAGCGGCAGCUUCAGCUACUGCAGCUGCCAAUCAACCCAAAAUCGCAGGCGCAAACGCUACGAAACUGGCGCAGGCACUGGCGCAGAUCAAUGCGGCUGCUGAAGCGCGCAAACAGGCAGAAGCGGAACAGAGGAAGAUGGAACGCAAACCGAAAGAUCCCGACGCUACGGAAUUCCACGCCGUGGUACCCAUCAAUGAUUUCCCGCAGAAAGCGAGGUGGAGCGUUACGAACAAGGAGACGGUCUCCAGACUUAUCGAAGUCACCGGCGCUUCCGUCACGCUGCGAGGGCAGUACUACGAAAAGGGAGAACCGUCGGCGGGCGAACCUCCCAAAUUGCAGCUCCUCAUCGAAUCGAACGACGAAGAUCGGGUCGAGAGAGCCGUCAGGGCUAUCAAGGAGCUGCUGCUCGAGAGCGCGCAAGCCGCUCUGGAGCACGAGCAGAGAAAUCCAGCAGGUCAACAAGGUCGUUACCAGGUGCUUUGAAAAUGGCAAAAAAAUCACACAGACCCCUUCCCCCCCCCCCUCCGCCCUCUUUCCUCGUGGAUUAUCAAUUUCAGCGCAUGCACCUCGUCAUACCGCCUCAGCCCCUCACGCAUCGUCUGAGCGAGAGCGUGUGUUGGCGCCACUUGAAGUCGGACAGCUCCGAUCACGCUCCAAGCACACGUCGUAGUGUCAAGAAAGCAUGAUUUGGGUAAAAAAUUCGUUUGCCCCCUCUUUUGUUUGCCCCCUCUUUUGUGCGCAGGAGCGAAGAGGUUUACAUCUCCGGCAUGUCUCCGCCACCCUCUGGCAUGUUCUGAACUUGCGGCCCCCCUCCGCCCCCACCGCCCU